CCCCUUUUGCUCUCAUUUUUAAUUUUUUUUUAAACCCCCUUUCUUUUCUCUCCCUUCCCUAUAUCAUGACCUCUUCGGUAACUCGCAGUAGUCGAUCCGCUACUCAAAAAAAACCAGUGAUAGAAAAAAAGACUAUCAUGAAAAAAAAGAAGCUUCGUAUGAAUAAAAAGGAUAUGGAUGAAAAUGCGAAAAAACUCAAUGGCGAUCCUGUAUCUGCAAACGUCACUGAGCAUCCAGAAUAUGUGCGUCUAAUGAAUGAACUUGAUCAAUCAAAGACAGAAAAAUUGCAGCGAGUGGAACAUUACAGAAACCUUGAGAGAAAAUCGAUUCAUGACUGGUUUGCUGCUCAGAAAAAGCAAGCCUGGGAUGAAUUCUACUUUGCUCGAAAAAAGAUUCGAUCAGACCUUGUAGAAGAUGUACAACGUAAAAUCACAAGACUCAAACAAGAAUUAGCUCAGUUGAAUAAACAAUCUCGCCAUGUUCAGCAUAAAUUAGACUAUGAAGAUUGGGUUCCACCCGAAAGAUUGCAUUCAAUUGGCUCGUUUGUAGGAGGUGCUACACAAGAAGAAGCAGACCGUGAUCUUGUCUUUGCAAGGCAACCAUACAAUGGGACACCUAACUUGGUAUACUCAGAUUAUGAGUCCAGAAGUACAACAGAUGAUACAGCUGAAGAUGCUGAAGCUUCUCCUUCUUCCCCUACUUCAUCUAUUUCAAGAGCGUCUCAUCAUCAAGAACAACCGCAACAACAACCACAACAGCAGCAGCAGCAGCAGCAACAACAACAAAAUCAAUUGUAUUCCCCCUACGAAUAUGAAGAAAACCAAAGACGUGAUUGGUGGCCCUAUCGUUCCACUACAACAGCAUAAGAAAACCAACCAUACAAUUAAGUUCUCUACUAUCGUACCUAUUUUUUUCUAUUAUUAUUGUAUACUCUUUUUGUAUAUGUUUAUUUUCUUUUUUUUUAACUGUAUUUUGUGCUCAUAUCAAUAUUUUAUAUUAAACAUUUAACAAAUGUCAACAACAACAACCACAAAUUUUAA